ACGAGCGAGAAGGCCGAGAAGUCGAGCAAUGGCCGCCCGUGGCUGAUUGACGAUAUUGGUUUCGGUGGAAUUUGUCGGGACAGCCUAUUUUUGUGUUCCAAUUUUCCAAUUGUUCUUUUGCGGGAACUAUUGACUAUAACCAUAAGCUUGGCAAAGUGAAACUGUAGUGAGUUUGUGGGUAAAGACAGUGAGAAUUUCGUGUAGGUGAAAAAUAAAGAACAUUGGAGCCUGUGAAACUUGUUAUUGGCUGAUCUCGACCAUGCGAGGGUGCCGGCGGAGCGCUGCCCAGACGGCUGCAUACCUCAAUAUAUCGUGAUUCAUUUUCAAGUGCGUCGCCAGACACACAUGUGAAGUGAAGUGUAGUGGAACAAGUAGUGUGGGUGUAGUGUGUGACGCGGCCCGAUGGUGGCGGCGUCAUGGCGUUCAUGACCAAGAAGAAGCGCUACAAGUUCGAGGUGCAGUGCUGCCUGGAGGAGCUGACGGAGGUGCCCUUCGUGUCCGCCGUGCUGUUCGCCAAGGUGCGCCUGCUCGACGGUGGCAACUUCCAGGAACACUCUAGCAGGGAGGAGGUGCGCAACCACGCGGUGCGGUGGAACGCGCAGUUCUCGUUCAUGUGCAAGAUGUGCGCCAACGCGAACACGGGCGUGCUCGAGCCCGCGCUCAUGCGCAUCUCCGUGCGCAAGGAGUGCAAGGGUGGUAGAUCGUACCAGAAGCUGGGUUUCUGCGACGUGAACCUGGCGGAGCUGGCGGGCGCGGGCGAGACGACGCGGCGCUGCCUGCUGGAGGGGUACGACCCGCGGCGCCGCCAGGACAACUCCGUGCUAAGGGUGCGCGUGCGCAUGAACAUGAUCGCCGGCGACCCGCUCUUCAAAGUUCCGGAGCGCAAGCAGGAGGUGGCGGUGGAGACGGGUGGGGCUGUGGGUACAGGCCCGGUGGCCGGCGAGCGCGGCGGCGGCGACAGCGGCUCCGAGUCCGCGCCGCCCGCCGACGACGACUGCGGCUCUUCCACCGCUAGCUCCGGCUUCGGAUCCCUCACCAAGCGACGCAACUACGAGGGCCACUCGCAGCCGCUGUCGUCGCUGCCGUCGUGCGAGCUGCCCUCCCCCGAGCCGGAGGAGCCUGUCUCCAUCACUGACCACCCUGGUCUAACGUUAAGCAGCGCGGUGGGCGGCGCGUGCGCAGCGUGCCUGCAGCAGCAGCAGCACACGCACUCCAGGAACUCCUCCAACACCUCCGGCGAAAUGAGCAGUAAGGCGUCCGGCUACGGCAGCUCCGUGUCGGCCGCGUCCGCGCACUCGCGGCAGAGCUCCGAGGGGGACUCCGCCCCCGACGCGCGGCCCUCGCACAACAGUGUCCGCUUAGAGCGCACCACGACGGUGAGUUGCGCGCUGUACGCGCCCGCCGCGGGCGGCCGCCGCGCGCGGCUGCUGCUGCAGCGCAGCGUCACCGCGGCCGUCGGCGCGGUCGGCGCGGGCGGCGCGGCCGACGCCGACCUCAGCCGCUACCUCACGCCCGACUGCACGCUCAAUGGCCCGCCCGACCUCAUCCCGCGCCCCCCGCCGCCCGCCUCGCCCGCCUCGCCCGAGUAUAAGACGCCGGACGCCACGCUCAUAGAGAACGGCCACGACUCGUUCGCGAUGCCCACAUACUUCGAUAAGAAGCGCAAGGCGGCCGCGAUCAUGAUUAGCGCCGCCGUGCAGCCGCUGACCAAUUUUCACAUCUUCAAGCAGAAGUCGCUUAACACGAUCCCGGCGCUCGUGGAGAAGAACAAGAAGAACGAGGAGCUAUUCAACAACUUCCCGUUCCUGACGCCGCUCGCGCACCGCAAGAGCUCGCUCGUGUCGACGGCGACGAGGCUGUCGGGCUGCAUCGAGGACGAGUUCUACUGCAUCCCCUCGGACCCCGAGCUGGACGCGGGCUCCGACGACCGCAUCGACGUGCGCCACCGCUUCCGCAGCCUCUCCAACCAGGCGCUGGACAAGGAGUGCGUGUACACGUCCACGCCCAAGGACGAGCCGCGCGAGAACGGGCUGGCGUUACGGCGGGGGCGUGGCCCGGGGGCGGAGCCCCCGCGGCUGCGGCACAGCUACACGGAGCGCGCGCGGAACCCGUCGUCGGGGUCGCUGACGACGUCGGCGUCGGAGUCGGGCUCGCUGGAGCGCGCCCGCGCCGCGCUGGAGCGCCGCAAGCGCCCGCCGCCGCCGCAACCGCCGCCGCAGCCGCCGCCGGAUGACAACCAGCACGUGGGCUCGUGUCGCGUGGAGAACACGCGGGUCAAUCCGGACUCUCUGAUCGACGAGAUCCUCGCCUCCACAGACCUUAAAAAGGCCGUCGAGGACUCCGCCGAAACGUCGGGGCUGCAGCUGUUCAUCACGCGCGACGGCACGGCGGAGCUGGGCAGUCGGCAGCGGCAGCAGACCGCGCGCCGCGACUACCAGCGCGUCGUGCUGCAGCCGCACGACAACAGGUAGCCAACGGCGUGAGAGAGCGCAGCCAUGGCCGGCGUAGUAUAGCGGCGGCGGCGCCUCGUGCGCGGCGCGGCCCACAUGUAGCCCAUUGUAAUUAUAUUUAUUGCGGACGGAGGCGGCCAUUGUGAUGUUGAUGCGGACAGUAUUACACGAGAUUCGCGACCUACCUGACAUAUUACCUGAAGCGGCGGCGGCGGCCCGCGCCGCCCCGCCUACUGUAGUGUUCGGUCCCGAUGCGGAUGACAAAACAAUGCAUAUUUAUUGUUUUUAUUAUAAUAUAAAUUAUGCCAUAAAGUAAUUGUUUUACAAUGUGUAACUUAAAUAAUGUUGAUUAUUAUCGUUCGGCGGCAGUUGUACGGGUUCGACCCGUGCAGUUUAUGAUUUACAAUGUUUAUAUUUUUACUGUAAGUAGUUCUUUUCUAAUGUAUGACGACCUACACGACGACUGAAUGUUCCUAUAUUUUGCGUAGCGUCUGUACUUCCUCCACUUUUGAUGUAGUCUUACCUCGUGUUCUUCCUGUCAAACGUCUCCUCUCCAGUUUUAUUCACUUUAGUAUGCAAUGAAGUGCUCACAUUACUGGUGCUAUGUCAGUGUGUGCCCCACACAAGACUGCGAUUCGCGUGACUUUUAUUAAUAAUAUUAUUAUUGUAUACCAUUAAUUAUGUUGGCGACGUCGCUCGCCGGAAUGAAUGCGAUAUCACCAUUGUACUUGGUGUCCAAUAAUCGCCCGUAUAAAUUAUUACUAAACAAAAUCUUCCAAAUCCCUCCAUAUAUUAUAUUUUCUGUGAGAAUGAACAUUGUUUAUAGCGUGGUGCCAAAGGCGUGUCCACCGAGGUGGAGGAAACGUUUCAAAAUGUAGGUAUUCAAUAGUGCGAGGAGGUUUAAUCUAAGUCAUUCCUUUGCGUUGGAAGCCAGCGCGGCCGCGGCCCGCCCUGGGGCUGCGGCGCCGGCGGCGUCGGGGGUCCACAGCGACGGAGCUCAAUGUCACUAGUGGCAGCUUAUUGCAACAAUCCGGCUCCAACCAGUGUAUGCUACCAGGCAUAUUUGCAAGCUGGGAUAUUUUUGCGGUGCCACUAAUGAUGUUGACGUCCAGCGCUCUGAACACCACCCAGCGGCAGAUGAGCGCGCAUGAAAUGUGAUGUGAUGCGGAGCAGGUGUCGCGGUGCGUGCACACGCGUUGUUAUUGUAUCAUAGUCUUUAAUACAGCCUGUACAGUAUUUGAAUAAAGGACGUGUUUAGAACUA